AUGCCUUCCGUAGUCUUCUCCUACGAUAAUGGCGCACAUGCCGUCCAGGCCCGCCUCGGCGACAAGCUCGCCAAAUACGGUAUCCCCUCCAAGCUCCUCUUCUACGCUUGGGUCUGCGGUACCGAGCGCGACUACUCCUACCUCUCCCAGAUCAAGCAGUACAAACCCUUCUUCGACAUUCUCUCCUCCACCCUCACUCGCGUCCUCUUCCAGGCCGGCGUCCCAGAAAAGGACCUCAACGGGUUCUUCACCAAGGACGACCUCGAGUACAUCCGGUCCGAGUACAAGGCGCUCAGGCCCCGUCCGGGACUCGGCGAGAUGAUGCAGACCCUCAGGGAUGGCGGCUUUGAGGUGUGGUGCUGCUCGGACGCCAAUGUCGACCGGGUCAAGGGUUACUUUGACAAGGCGGGCGUCGAGAUGCCCCUGGACCACAUUCUGUCGGCGGACAUGGUCAAGGCGGGCAAGCCCGAGGCGGAGGUGUACAAGUUUGCAAGGGAGAAGGCUGGUAGCGAUAAGCCCGGAGAGGUCUCGGUCUUUGCUGCUUCGCAUGCCUGGGACUGCGCAGCGGCCAAGGCAGCUGGAUUCCAGACCGCGUACACCACAACAUAUGAGUACGAUGAGUGUGUAGAUAUCUUUGGCAAGCAGGAUCUGGUUACCCCCGAUCUUCCGUCUCUGGGUAGGGGAAUUGUAGAGAAGUGGGGAAAGAAGUAG